AUGUCCAUGCCUGCCAUUCUGCGAAACCCUCGCAUUAGCCAUACCCAGCCCUCAUCGAGACAGACGCGCGAUGGAUUCUUUCGCCCAUCCGCCUCUGUGUCUCCCAAUGCAAAGCAUGUGGGAAAGCGUCGUGCUCGUCGCAGUGAAAACAGCCGCUUUGCAUCGAACCCACAUACAGUCCGACCAUGUCCUAAGGACUACACGGUGCCUGCAAACGAAGUUCGCUCGACUUUUGCGGGCCCAAACUUGGAGACGUUGUCUAUGGUGACAGGCAACAAAGGCGAUGUGGUGGCCGAUGUUUUGCUGCCUGGCCACGAUGUGGCUACGUUUGAGAUGACUUCCGCGUUGCAAGGUCAGUUCACCUUGAGUUUGCGAGAUGCACAGCAGUACCUUCGUUUACGGCUUGGGCGUGCAUACUCUUCCGAAGUAUUUUCGGACAUGUUUGAAGCGAUGUCAAUUUCUCAGGAUGCCUCUGCGCCGACAAAAGCUCCGCUGACAUUUGUCGAGCAGCUUAUAGGCACAGCGCAACGAGAGAUACAGGCAUGGCUUCGUCAAAUGGUGCAUAUACAGACGGGGAACAGUGGUGUAUUGCCGCGUGUGUUGCUUUCGCAUGCCGAUGGCACGGGGAAAGAUGCAAUUGUCGAGCUCCGCCGAUCUCCGACCUGCCUUGUAUGGCGUGUCGAUGAUGGCUAUGCUCGCAUGGCUGUGCAUUGCGUAGCACGAACAUUGGACUGCCCGAGUUUCUCACGAACAGAGUCCUUGUCGUCUACGGAGAAUGCGCGGCUGACGUGGAUUAUGCAUCCUAAUCCAUUGUUGCGGGGUACAAGAGCGCAGCGCGCAUGGACGCAGCGCCCACGGCAUCGCAGGAGCAGUUCUGCUAGUACGACUGCCAGCAUGGCAUCAAGUGUGGCGUCUUCUACUGCAUAUACCCGUCCCCCGCGUCCCUUGACAGCUGGUCUGUUGCAGCAGGGUGUUGCGGGUCUCGACACCCCGCCUUCGACGGACUUGGAGCUCACGGACUCGAAUGAUGAAUUUAAUGAUAGCGAUCUGGCCUCUGAGGUUGAGUGGUAG